AUGGAUCCAGGCCGACCGAACGAUGUAUCGCCCGAGGCGAUGCAGGCACGCAUCCAGCAGGCGCGUCGCGAGGCUGAGACUCUCAAGGACAGAAUCAAGAGAAAGAAGGAGGAGCUGGCCGACACGACGCUCCGCGCCGUCGCCGCCCAGGCCCACGAGCAGAUCCCAAAGAACCAGCUGAUGAGGACGAAGAGGACACUGAAGGGCCAUCUCGCAAAGAUCUAUGCGAUGCACUGGUCGACCGACCGAAGACACCUCGUUUCUGCUUCACAAGACGGCAAGCUCAUCAUCUGGGACGCCUACACAACAAACAAGGUGCACGCCAUCCCCCUCCGAUCAUCAUGGGUCAUGACCUGCGCCUACGCCCCGAGCGGCAACUACGUCGCCUGCGGUGGUCUCGACAACAUCUGCUCCAUCUACAACCUCAACCAGAGCCGUGACGGGCCCACGCGCGUCGCCAGGGAACUGUCGGGCCACGCCGGCUAUCUUUCCUGCUGCCGUUUCAUCAACGACCGGAGCAUCCUCACCUCGUCGGGCGACAUGACUUGCAUGAAGUGGGACAUCGAGACGGGCACAAAGGUGGUCGAAUUCGCCGACCACUUGGGAGAUGUCAUGAGCAUCAGCUUGAACCCAACAAACCAAAACACUUUCAUCUCGGGUGCCUGCGACGCCUUCGCUAAGCUUUGGGAUAUCCGCGCCGGCAAGGCCGUGCAGACGUUUGCCGGUCACGAGUCCGACAUCAACGCCAUCCAGUUUUUCCCCGACGGCCACUCUUUUGUAACAGGUUCCGAUGAUGCCACCUGCCGAUUAUUCGACAUCCGUGCCGACAGGGAAUUGAACUUUUAUGGGUCCGAGUCGAUCCUGUGCGGUAUCACCUCGGUGGCCACCUCUGUAUCUGGCAGGCUGCUGUUUGCUGGUUAUGAUGAUUUCGAGUGCAAGGUUUGGGAUGUUACCCGGGGUGAAAAGGUUGGCUCUCUCGUAGGCCACGAAAACCGUGUCAGCUGCUUGGGAGUUUCCAACGACGGUAUAAGUUUGUGCACCGGUUCAUGGGACGCUUUCCUCAAGGUUUGGGCCUACUAG